CGCCAACCCAAUUUUUCCUUCCUCUCUCUCUCUCUCUCUCUCUCACAUCUAUUCCCUAGGGUCAAAGCAAUCCAAGACCUGUUUCAAACCCUCAAACUUUCAUGUGAAGUGAAGAAUCAUCUUGAGGGGCCUAUUAAAGAAGAGAGAAAGAAAAGAAAGAACAGCUUCGAGAUCAUCGUUGGUCUCUUUUUCUUGUUUCUUGAAUCGAGGGAGAUCGAUAAGAUAGAAAUGAGCUGCAACGGUUGCAGGGUUCUGAGGAAGGGCUGCAGCGAGUCCUGCAUCUUGCGGCCUUGCCUGCAGUGGAUCGAGGCCCCCGAGGCCCAGGGCCACGCCACCGUCUUCGUCGCCAAGUUCUUCGGCCGCGCCGGCCUGAUGUCCUUCAUCUCCGCCGUCCCUGAGACGCAGAGGCCCGCGCUGUUCCAGUCGCUGCUGUUCGAAGCGUGCGGAAGGACGGUGAACCCGGUGAACGGGGCGGUGGGACUGCUGUGGACCGGCAACUGGCCCGUCUGCCAGGCUGCGGUGGAGACCGUCCUGCGCGGCGGCUCGCUUCGGGCCAUGCCGGAGCUCCUCGACGGCGGCGGCGGCGGCGGCUCCCUCCCGGCGUCCGACGAGGCCUCGGAGGCCGGUGACACGUGCGCUGACGCAUGGAAGCUCCGCGAUCCGAAUCCGGGAUCCCGAUUCUCCACUUCCAGGUCGAGGAUCUCCCCGAAGCGCAAGAGGCUCGACGCCGCCGCCGACAACGCUAAGCUCCUACUCCAGCCGAUGGAUCUCGAUCUCCGCCUCACGCCGACGGACUUCCAGGCCAAGACCAAGCCCGCAGUGAAGGCCGAGCACCAGACGCGGCGGCCGGGGACCCCGUCGAUGACUUCGGAGGAGUCCGGCACCACGACGUGCUUCGAGAGCAACAAUAAUGUGGGAGAGCCGGAGACGAAGCUCCUCAACUUGUUCGCCUAACCGGAGAGGGAGCUUCGACGUCGUCCUUCUUCUUUCCUCUCUCCUUUUUCUCGGGUGUUUCUGACGAGCGCAUACACGAGUUAGCUCUCGGAGUAUUAUUCCGCUAAUUGAUUCUCUUUGUUAAAUUUUCUUCUUUGUUUUCUCCUUUUAAGUGGGGAAAUCCAAGCCGGCGUAGUUCUCCGGCAAAGUUUUGUAAGUCGCCGGCGAAACCCGAUUUCUCUCUCUCCGAGUCUUGAGCAGAAAGAGAGAAAAAUGAUAGUUUGUCGGUGCUCGCUUUCUCUUUCUUCUCCUUCUUCUGCUCCUCCUUCUCCUUUGGUUUUUCUUGAUCAUGACUGUGUGACUCCAAUAAAAGCAGUUGAUUUAAGUCGA